CAUAACAAGACUUAUAUUAAAAUUUACAGGUAUUUCAUCAAGUACAUUUGACGUAUAACUUUUGGUUAUCCACUGACGAAGAACAAAGAGAGACAAAUACAUUUGUAAACCAUUAAUUGAUAUUAAACACCUCUAGGUAUUCAUUUUGAGGUUAUUUUUUUUUGAAAGUUUAUUUGGAGAGUGCGACGUAAACAAAACUAGAAGCCUGGAUCAAAGUGUUUAAUAUACUCUUAAGUUUAUGUGUUAGGUGCCUGGAACAAUAGAAAAAUACUAAUUAAUAUUCUGCUCGUGGUCUUAGUCUAGCCAACGGACAACUUGAAAUGAGUCGACGGAUUUGUAUGCGUUCCAAAGACUGCUAAGAAAGAUGGACAUAUACAUAAACAAAUAAAGGACUGACGUUGGAGAUUUUUUAAGUAAAGAAAAUGUCUCAAAAACGGUUUACCGGGGCUCGAAUUGUGUUACUAGGGGCCAGUGGUGUCGGAAAAACAGCUUUUGCAGUCCGAUACAUUACUAAGAGGUUUAUUGGAGAUUAUGACAGGGAUAAAGAGAUGGUGUACACACGUCAUCUUCCUACACCAAGAGAUGAAAUUACCUUGGACAUCCUUGACACUGGAGCAAGGCUGUCCUCGGAAACAAUCGAAAAGCACACCAAAUGGGGUGACGGUUACAUUCUCAUCUACUCACUCACUGAUCGAGCAAGUUUGACCUACUUAUCAGAGGUCAAGGACAUUAUUACAAAGGUUAAAGGUCGGGACUGUCCUUUGACAUUGGUGGGAAACAAAAGUGACCUUAUCUCUGCUCGUGAAGUCAAUGACGAGGAAUCGAGUGAUUUUGGACAGAAAUUUGAUUGUCCUAAAUUUGAAAUAUCCGUGGCGGAGACCUGUCAGGGGGUGCUGGAAGUUAUGGAUGAAAUAAUGUGUCAAAUCAAGAGAGACUUUGUGAAAAAUAUGAAUACUUCUAAUCAACUGGCAAUAGCUGAUAAUAAGCCCCGCUCAAAACUUUACAGCAUGAAGAAAGCAUUUAAGAAAAGAAUAAAUCGUAGCCAUAGCGAUACAUUUUAGUGAAGGCAAACACAUAUUAAAUAAUGAUAAAACGCUUGAAUAAGUAUUAUAACAGUUUGGUGCCGUAAGUAUUUAUUAGAUAUAUUGUAUCUGCAUUAUUAUAUUCACUAUGUGCACGUUCAUAUGUUGAUUAGUGCAACCACUGCUUUAAUUACAAAAACAUCAACACAUUUGAACAGGGUUUGAACUAUAAUCAUUUUUUACUAAAAGUAAGCGCUGUAUUUUUUUAUCAAAGCUUUAGUGAUGGAAAGAUAAAUAGUGAGAACAAUACCCAAUUGAUAUGUUUUACCUUUUUGAUAUACCCAUGUUCACAAGAGCAUAAAAGCCUUGAUACAAAGAUAUAUUUGUUUAGAAAACAAAAUCGUUGAGUGAAUUAUUCGCUCAAUAUUUGUUUUUGUAUUGUAUCCAUCAUAGCAGAUACUCAAAGAUACUGGCUGCUGGCGUGAUAAAUAAAAAGUGUCAGUAAUACUAUAUGAUUAUUUCCGGAAAAUAUAAUGUAUGUUUAAUAUCUAUAUGUAAUCAUCUUUUACUGGAUUGUUUUCUUUCAAUCAAAAUAGAGUUUCAAUACUAGGCUUACCGUUUUCAGUAAUAUUAUUCCGAAGUCGAUUAACAAAUUCAAGUUCAAAGUUUAUUGACAAACUCGGCACAUAAAUGGACAUUACACCUAUAGGAUGGGAUACAAAAUACAAAAAUAAAUAAGUUUAAAGUGUCGUAUUAUAAAAAUGAAAACAUAAAACAAGUAUAUCGCAAAUAAUUUAAUUUCCAGGGUGGGGUUUCCACAUUACUGCAGCUUUUUUUUUUAUAUCUAACUGCAUUGGACAGAAGGGAGACUUUAAUAUACUCGUAGAAGGCCUGAUUGAUUUACCUAGGAAAUGAAAUAUUAGUAUAUUGUAAAUGUAACGAUUAUACACAUUAAUAUUUUAAACGCAAUAGCAAAGACAACGACAAAUCUUGAAAUUAAGGAUAAAACAUGUAGUUGUCAUGUCAGAACCGGUAGAAAUAUGUUGCAUUUAUAUAAAAGUAGAACACUUUUUUUUAAUAGCCUUUGAUUUCAAAUAACAUCCUGUAUCACGUAAUUCGCCUACAUAAAGCCAUAUUUAGCCGACAUUAUGUUUCAAUUAUUUUCACGUAGUACACCUAUCCUACAUUAUAUUCUCAGACAGAAAAUCCGAUAAUACCUUAAGUUCAAGAGCUUUGUGGAUAAGAUCUUUUAAAUUAGCUAAUGAUGUUUCUGCAUUAUCUACGUUAAACGGUUUUUCAGGGAGUAUAUUAAUGUUUAAUUUCAUCAUAACAUCUUUUAUUGGAAGAUAUUGAACAGUUCGAAAUUAUAUCUCAAUCGGAAAGAUCUUGAAUUUUUUUUGCAUAAUAUAAAUAAGUCUGCUAAGGUAAAUUGAUACUAAAAUAAAUAUUUACAUCGCAUUCAAAUAAACGCGAUUUCGUCCUUUGUCGAAUGUUAAAGAUUUAUGUUACAAUUUGCAGUAACAUUCAAUUGAUAAUUUUUGUUGUACUUUCCCUAAUAUUUCAACUUUGCUAGGCUAAAUAAAUACCUUAUGAAAUUUUGCUACCGAAUAUUUGCGAUACUGAUUAAGGUAUGAUAAGUAUGACAAUUUACUUUCUAACAAAUAUUUUAACAUAAAGUUUAUUUUUUCAAUAUCUCGACAAAAAAAACCCUUAGGGUUUUGACUGACUACAACAUUUAAUAACAUAGUAGCUAUUUUACAAUUUUUCUCCAAGUUAGGUCCAAAUAUGUACUAUACAUACUUCAAUUCUUAACUUCAAACUAAUAAGGUGUAUCUUAAAGUCAAAUGACUUAACAUGUGCUACAUGCCAUAACAAUUACGUUGUGUUACAAGACAUCUUUUUAUUUAACAUGACUUUUAUCAUCUAGGGGCCAUUUUAUCUAGAAUCAUAGCAGCAAUUACACACAGAGGAUAUUCUUUUUAAUUAGCACAGCAUUGUUAAAUAUCUCCUGGAUGCAAAAUCCGUCCUAGGACUCUGCAUGAAUUGGUCAUUGUUAAUGAACACGCUGAACGAACUACGAAAACAAGGUUGUGACAUGGUUAUACACGUUUCUGAUUGUACAAAAGUAUGCCCCGUUCGACUGAUGUCCACACGUUUGAAAUGUGGAGUCCAAUUGGCAUAAAGAACUGAUUAAUAUUGGACUAAUAAGCUAAAACUUAUAUUGAAUAUAAACAUUGGUGACAAAUGGUGGGAAUAAGUCAAAAUGCUGCUUCCAGACUCUAAUCUUAACAUUAAGUGGCACUUAGACAUCAGGUUUAUUGUAUUUGAAACAAUUAACUAAUCUACUGAUAUCCGCGGAAAAAUACCGCGGUUUUCUAUCACGUGAUUAAAUGAUUUAUACAUUUGAAAACGGACCACACAGAAUUAUGCACUUGUUUAACCAAAGAGUGACAACUCACACGCAUGAAAUAGAGGAUAUUUGUUUAUUUCAGUGUAAGAUCGUAUUUUAUUUCACGAGCGUCAUAGAAAAAACAUAUAUAUAUAUUUAGUUUGUUCUAUGAUUACAAGU